AUCACCGACAUAUUGUCUCCCUCAAUGACUUCUAAGUCUUGAAUAACCGGCUUAUUUAGUGUUAUUUGGAUGUUCUCUCAAUCAAAUAUGACAGAAGACUUUUUAAAAUGGUUAACAAAAUCAUUUUUUAUAGUUUUCUUUUUAUCAUAAGUUUGAUGUAUACAAUAACAGUGAAUUUUUCAUCCGAUACAGAAUGAAUUAUCCUUGUCCAGACAAUUAAGUGAUGCAAAAAAUCAAAAUAAAUUAUUAGAAACUAAACUUGUAAACGAGCGACGACUGAAUGUUAGCUGUGUCAAAGACCUAAAGACUGAGAGAGAAGCACACGAAAAGCAAGUGUCCAUCCUCAAUGUCCACGUCAUGUCUGUUAUACUGGCGCAUAAGGCUAUGCAAGAAGAGAAUUUCAGGAUGAGGCAAAGAUUAAAAGAAUUAGAAAAAGAAAAUAGUAUUUUGCGUUCAAUAAGGUCAACACAUGUGGAGGAAAAUGAAGGGCUAUUUCGCUCCAAUUCAUUACUUUCUAUAACGUCGGAAGACUGCUGUGGAGAUGCCUUAGCCUCACCUCUCACUCAAUCUUUAGAAUGUUUUGAUUCAUCAGAAGAAGACGACGGUUGGGCAAAUGGUGGUGAAGCUCAGUAUUCACCAAUUCUUAGUAUGUUUUCUUCCUCAUCAAAAGAAUCUUCAUCCAGCUGUGGAACAAAAUCAACAAAUCGAAUGGAUGAUGGUUACGGUUCACUUUUGGCAGAUGUUCGAAGGUCUAACAGCGAUCCUUUAGUCGGUGCCUCAAUUAGUGUUUCGACUCCUAAACCAUCUGCAACCCUACCUCAUGGAACUCCAAAACGAGGCAGUUUAAGAGUAUUUGAUCUGACAAAACAAUAUGAAGAAGAGCAAAAUGAUGCUUCUAACUCAACAAAUAGUUCUUUGUCCUUCUCUCCUGAUCAACCAAAACCUCAAAUAUCUCGAGAAAGACUACAUAUGUGUAAUAGUGACUCCUCAUUUGAUUCACCACCAAGGAGGUUCAGUAAAAAUAACACUAAAACUUUGCAAAAAGCGUCAUCAUCAAGCGAAGACUCCUUACUAGAAAAGAAUCUUUCAAAAACCAAUGCUAUACCGAUUUCAAAAUCUAAAGCACCUGCCGUUAAAAGAAUGCUGACUAUAACUAGGUCGUUGGGCGCAAAAUUUAAAUCUAAGAGUAAACGGGGCCCUCCCAAAGCUUAG